AUGGAAGAGGCCUCAGCUCUAGCUUCAGGCUGGGCAUGCCUUCCAAGCGACCUUCUGGAUUCAAUGCUAGAGAAGUUGGUACCUGUGUCGGACUAUAUCGUGUUUAGUGCCGUUUGCAAGCAUUGGAGAUCGAUAGCUUUACAUAACAGGAAGAAACGCCUUGAAUCAUGCCACAGGCAGCUUCCUAUGCUGAUGGUACCCAGCAAAGACAAAAACGACGAAAUGCGUGGCUUGUAUAGUGUCACACAAGGUAAGACUUGCACCUUUGAGUUGCAUGUGCCUUACAAUAAGAGGUGUUGUGGUUCUUCUCAUCGUUUGUUGGCUUAUGCGGAUGACAAAUCGGUAAUAACACUCUUAAAUCCUUUCACUGGAUGUGCCAUUCGCCUACCGCAGGUCACGAAAGUCCCACGGUUGUUUAUUAGACCUGAAGGUACAUUAGGAAGGCUCCUCUAUUUGGACUUUGGACCUUACCCUGUCGAAUCGUCCCGUGGAGAGCUAUUGCUCAUUAUGAAGUUUGAAGGAUAUGAUUUUCAUCUUAGGAUGACCGUGAGCUUUAAGGUUUUCAAACUGCUAUGUGCUGGUGGGGAUAGACCGGAAUUUGUUGAGGAGAUUGAGAGUAUUGGCAGUGAUGCUUUGUUUUUGGGUGAAGUUGAGUCCAUGCGUGUGUCCGCAUUAGACUUCCUGGGGUGUCAACCAAAUUGCAUAUACUUCAGUACAUCAUAUUGGGGAAUAGCUGAAGGGCCUCUUGACAUGGCUGCUUUCAACUUGGCACCCAGAAGAAUGGAAACCCAUUAUUUCUCCUCCAGUCGUUCAACCAAGAGGAUGCCAUCAUCAGUCUGGAUUUUGCCAACCGUGGUGUUAAAGCCUCGAAGCUGA